AUAGCUUGCCCUGGCAUAAGUUCUGUGUAUUGCGAUAGUAUCUGUUGCUAAGCGACCAGCAGACUUGCCAGCAGACUUGCCCCGGAAUUGUCGCAGUGCUCCUUGGGCAGGCGCCGCAGCUAUAAUUGGCUUUAACUGUAGGAGCUAGGCGGUGGCCAUGGAUGGGCAAAGCGACGAUGAGGGCGGCUCGCCCCGCGAGCAAACCCAGGAGGAGCUGGAGGAGCAGGCGGCGCUGGCUCGCAUCAUCCUGGCCUUCCGCGACUAUCAGCAGUCAGCAGAGUGGGAGGUGGCGCGUUGGCAGUCCAACUACUCGCAGCUGCCGCCGCACCAUAAGGCGCUCAUACCACACCAGGCCGCCAAGCUGGCGGCGGCGCGCGCCGCCGUCAACACCAACCAAUUCUUCAUCAAAUCAUUGCUGCAGGCAUUCGACCCGGAGUGUGCCUCUGGGCCGCUGCCGCCACACCUGAUGGUGCCGCCGGCGUUGCGGAGUCCGGACGACGGUCCGGACGGGAUUACGGGUCGCGUCAGCGCAAAUGAUGUGGACAAAGUGCGGUACGUGCUGAAGAACGUGGUCCGCGACUGGUCGGAUGAGGGGGCGGCGGAGCGGCUGCUGUCGUACGGGCGCAUCCUGGCCGAGCUCAAGGAGGGCUUCAAGGACUGGUCCAACCCGCACCGGCCGCCGCGCGUGCUGGUCCCUGGCGCGGGCCUGGCUCGCCUGUGCCUGGAGGUGGCGGCUCUGGGCUACGAGGCGCAGGGCAACGAGUACUCCUACUUCAUGCUGCUGGCCUCCUCCUUCAUGCUGAACCACAUGUGCGAGCGGCACCAGUACACGGUGCACCCCUGGCUGCACACCAACUGCAACCACCUGUCGGACGCCGACCAGCUGCGCGCCGUGGCGGUGCCGGACGUGCUGCCCAGCCAGCUGGUGCAGGGGCCGGGGCUGAUGUCCAUGUGCGCAGGCGACUUCGUGGAGGUGUACUCGUCGCCCGACAUGCGCGGGCUGUUCGACUGCGUGGUCACCUGCUUCUUCCUCGACACGGCGCACAACGUGCUGCGCUACCUGGAGGUCAUCAGCGCCUGCCUGACGCCCGGAGGCCGCUGGAUCAACCUGGGGCCGCUGCUCUACCACUGGGCGGACAGCCACACCUACCUGUCGACCAUGGAGCAGAGCAUUGAGUUGUCGCUGGACGACAUCAAGGCCGCGGCGGCCGCCAUGGGCUUCAGGCUGGUGCGGGAGGAGACCGUGGACGCGCCGUACAUGGCCAACUACAAGUCCAUGUUUAAGACGGUGUACCAGGCGGCGUUCUGGACCAUGGUCAAGGAGCGGGAGUGGGACCCGGCGGCGACGGUUGCGGCAGCGGCGCCGGCAAAACAGCAGCAAGCGCCUCCACCACCACCGCCGCCGCGCUGAAGCUCGCGCCUCGCGGCGCGGGGCUGUAAACAGGGCGUGUGUUAUGGGUGUGAGAGUUGUGUUGGGUUACAGCUGGGGGUGAAGAGGUAUGGACUGUGGAGCGUGUGAGAGAGAGGGACAGGCGGAGUGCAUCAGGAGCAGGCCAGCCGCCAGCGGGGGCUCGCGAAGGAUGGCAUCGUGUCAGGAUGUUGGUGUUGGCGCGUUGCUAGCGUUGGAGCAGACCUGGGCUCACGCCUCACGGCAGCGUAUGCUGCUGGGCAAUGGAAGCACGCUGUGGCGCAGGCGGCAUAACGCCCUCAGCCCGAUGAACAAUGGGUUCAAUACGGUACCGGCGCUAGGCACCCGCAGCGCAAAGCAUGGACGUGAUCAGGAUUUUCUUUUAAGAAACGUGUUCCU